AUGGCUGUUGACAUAUCAAAUAUUGUUAAAUUGAAGAAGGGGGACAGCCAGACAAACAUCAAUAAAAGAAGCCUCUAUGAACACAAUGGAGUUGCAGUUUGCUCUCAAAAAAGAGCCCUUAUUAUUGCCACAGUUGUCUUCGCCACACUUUUCAUCAUUUCACUUAUUAUUGCUUAUGCAGGCCCUGGAAAUGAUUGCCCAUGUGCUGGAGAGAAACCAGACCAUCUUGAGAGUGAGACAGAACUUAAUUCUUCUGCUCCAUCUGUUCCCCUAGCAACAAAUGGUGAAGUAUUCCCUUGGAAUAAGGUUCGAUUACCAGGAGCUAUAAGACCUUCUCGAGAAGUGACUAUUGAAGUUCGUGUGCUAAAAGACACCAACUUCGUCGUCUUCCACAGUAAAAAUUUGACAAUAAUAGAUAAAUUAGUAUAUGCAGCAGGAGGUCGUAAUCUGACAGUUGUCAAAAUGUUGGAAUACCCCCCCACCCAACAAAUUUAUAUGGAAAUGAAGGAAAAAUUUCGUAGGGGUGGAAAUUAUGUCCUUAAAUUACUUUUCACAUCUCGGUUAUCUCAGGAAUUGGAAGGAUUCUAUUUAAGCAGCUACAUCAACAAGAACGGAGAAAAGAAAUACCUUGCUACUACCCAUUUUGAGCCAACAUAUGCCCGACAAGCUUUCCCUUGCUUUGAUGAGCCACAGUUCAAGGCAAAGUUUAGAAUGUCUUUGUACAGAGAUAAGUUUCAAAUAGCAUUGUUCAAUAUGCCACUAACUUCAACUGAGCACAAAGGGUACUUCUCUGGUGGAGAGUUGAUUUGUGAUCAUUUUCAAGAAUCUGUUGAAAUGAGUACAUACCUUGUAGCAUUUGUUAUAUGUGAUUAUGAUCAUAUAACCAAUAUGACUCGUCAUAACAAAUCUGUCUCAGUCUAUGCUCCUCGUGAAAUGAUUUCGCAAGCUGAUUUUGCCCUUCACACUGCUGUUGAUAUUAUGGAUUAUUACGAAGAAUUUUUCAUGGUUCCUUAUCCAUUACCUAAACAAGAUCUGAUUGCAAUUCCUGAUUUUGCUGCUGGGGGCUAUGGAGAACUGGGGACUUAUACGUAUCGAGAAACAUCUUAUUUUUGGUUUGGUAAUCUCGUCACUAUGAAAUGGUGGAAUGACUUGUGGCUCAAUGAAGGAUUUGCUUCCUUUUUGGAGUACUUGGGUGUUGAUCAUGUAAUGCCUGGAUGGAAGAUGAUGGACCAGUUCAUCUUGGACAAGACUCAACCAGCAUUGACUUUAGAUGCUUUAGCUAGUAGCCACCCUAUUUCUGUUGAUGUUCAUGAUCCAGUUGAAAUUGAAGCAAUAUUUGAUACUAUAUCGUAUAGUAAAGGAGCAUCAGUCAUACAUAUGCUGGAAAUAUUUUUACAUCAGGAUAUUUUACGAAGUGGAUUAUAUGACUACUUAAAUUCACACAAAUAUGGAAAUGCAGAUACUGAUGAUCUCUGGAGUGUAUUAAGUAAAAAUGCAAAUCAGUCAAUAGAAGUAAAGACUAUUAUGGAUACAUGGACAAGGCAAAUGGGUUUUCCUCUCGUAACUGUAUCAAGAACUGGAAACAUCAUCUCAGCAACACAGCACCGUUUUCUUGUAACAGCACACAUGAAUAACGACACUAUUCAUCCUGAAGAAUCUCCUUUUGGUUACAAAUGGUUUGUGCCCCUUAGUUACUAUACAGAUGUGGAUCCUAGUUCUAUUCACCAUGUUUGGAUGAAUAUGACGGAUGUAAAAUUUGAAGUUCCUCCAGAAGUGCAGUGGGUUAAAGUGAAUGUAAAUCAGUCAGGUUUUUAUAGAGUUAUGUAUGAUGACUCAAUGUGGCAAGCCAUAAUAACUGCAUUACAUCAGAACCAUUCUUCAUUUAGUCCAGCUGAUCGUGCUAGUCUCAUUGAUGAUGCCUUCACUUUGUGCAGGGCAGGAGUUUUAGACGCUACUAUCCCCCUCAAUCUUUCUAUUUACCUACAGAAGGAACGUGACUAUGUGCCUUGGGCUACAGCAUUAGAGCACUUUCAGUCUUGGAGUAAGCGUCUUGCAGAAACUAGAGCAUAUAAAUCUUUCCUUGAAUACAUGCGAUAUUUAUUGACUCCUGUGGCUCGUUACAUUGGAUGGAAGGACACUGGCUCUCAUCUUGAUAAGUUGAUGCGAUCUGAUAUUCUUGCAUCAGCAAUUCUUUGUGAUGUAAAGGAUGUGGUUAAGGAAGCUCAAAUUAUGUUUAAUGAUUGGAUGGUUAAUGGUACACGUAUACCACCAAAUUUAAGAGAAGUAAUUUAUGUGGCAGGCAUUAAAUAUGGUGGAGUGAAGGAGUGGCAACAUUGUUGGUCGAAAUACAACACUACUGGCAUACCAAGUGAACGAAAAUUGUUGUUGAAAGCACUUGGAGUUGCAUCUGAUACAUGGAUAUUACAAAGGUUUUUGUUGUCAACACUGGAUCGUAACUUAGUAAAACCACAAGAUGUGAAGGUUGUUCUUGCUGUAGUGGCUGCAAAUCCAGAAGGUCGAUUUCUUGCUUGGAGACAUUUAAAAGCACAGUGGCACCAAAUGCAAGCUAUGUUUGGUAAUGCUACUUUCUCAAUGGGUGGACUCAUAUCUGCUGUAACAUCACAUUUUUCUACACAGUAUGAUCUCCAUGAGGUUUCAUCUUUCUUCGAGCAUAUGAAUGUUGGAUCUGGAAGUCGAUCCUUGCAGCAGAGUCUAGAAACAAUACGACUAAAUAUCUACUGGGUACAAAACAAUGAGGAAACAAUUUACACAUGGCUGAGUAACUUCCUCGAUAGAUAAUACAUAAUUUAUGGCUACAAGAGACAGAGGAACCUACUAGAACCAUCAGACAUAGGACUUUAAUGUGAAAUUAUUACCUUUGCAGGAGAUUCUUUUAUCUUCAUCUGUGCGGUUGUGGGUAUAUCUGUCUCAAUGUAGUCAUCUGCAACAGAUUACUGGUAUUUACCUCCAAAUAAUAAUCAAAGUACUUUUGUACUUAAUGAGCUUACAGAAACAUUGUAAGUCUCAGAACUCAAGGACACUGGUCACUAAGAAAGAAAUAGUAUUAGCUAGAUCAUAUUUUUUCAUAAUGCAAGGCAUCUUUUUGUUGCAAGAGAAUCAUUAUUUGACUUAAUCAUAUCCAUGAACAUUGUUUUUUUUAUUGAAGCUUUUUCUACGAUUUUUCCUGGUUCAAUUCUGAACAAGACUAUACUGUCCUAAUGAAGAAACAUAGUGGUGUUCUAAUUUUAAUUUUUUAACGUUAUUGUAAUGCUUUUUCUUUUAAAAUCCAUGAAGACAAAAAAAUGUUGAACAAAUUAAUGCAGGAAGUGGUUUUAAGUAACAUGUUGAUCUGCAUUUCAAUGUUUAACAUAUUCAAUGUGGAACAAUAAAAAUAUUUACUGUAUGUUUUAAGCAGCAGAUUUCAAAGCAGUGAACUGAUGUUUGAAAAUAGUUUAAUUCGCUUAAUGUAGAAGUGCAUAUAAUGUUUGUCAGCAGUGAAAGUUAUUGCAUUGACCAUCUAAUUUUGCCUCAGUAAAUUUCAUAUUAGUGUUGAAAAUGCUCUAUUGUGUAACUUGACAAUGUGCGUGACAAUACAUGUGUUAUCAAUGUACUUGCAAAUGAUACUGUUCAAAAUUUAUUGCUAGUUUGUUUUUUUGUUCAUAAAGGUAUAUCCUAAUACAUAUGAACAGGGGUUAUAUAUGCAUAUAUUUAUGAAGAUGUUAGCUUUGGAUCAUUGUUGUUCAUGUAAUGUUGUGUCUAGACGAAAGUUAUGUUAUUUAAAACUUCCAAUAGUAGAUGUUUCUUGUAUUAUGAUAUUAUUAUGUUGAUGUUAAGCUGUAAGUAGUUUUGUUGGCACAAAAAUAUUAUCAGUGUUAUGAAGUAAAUAUAAAUAAUUAUGUGAAGAAUAUUAAAUACCAUGGAGUACAUGUGGCAUAAUAAGACAGUUUCUGAAAGUAAUUGUGUUUUCUCAAUAGAGCGGUUUCCGGUAACACACUGCUAGACAUGAAUAUCUUAUGUUCACUCACAAAAUGUGUAACUAUUUUGGCUUUUUAUCUGCAUCCCUCCAAUUGCGUCCUGCCAACGAAUUUGUAUGCUCAGUGUUGCUGUGCAUGUUAUUUUUGCCAUGCUGGAUUCAUGGCAUCUUGUUUACAUAUUAAGAGGUAUUGCUAUUAUCACUAUUAUUAUGACAUGUAUUAACAAGCUAGAGUAUAAUAUUGAUUAUAAAAUUGCUGUAUUUAAAGUCUUUGUGUAUUGAAAUCAAAAGUAACAAAAAUGAAUGAUAUAGGCAUAUUUGAAAUGGAAUAGUGCAAGAUGAAAUUAAUGCAUUUCAAACAAAAGAAACAUUACAAAAGUUAUCUUGCUGACUGACCUGAUUCUUUGGCAGCAUUGCUGCAUAUUGGUGCUACUCAAUUCACAGAUUAUAAGCAAUGGGCUAGAUGAGUGUUUGAGUCCCUGGUAAGAGCUGAAUUUUGGAACGUAUUGUGAUGAUGUGCCUGAAACAAUGAGAAAUAUCUUAAUUCAGGUGACUGCAGUCAACAGUUUCCUGUGUGAUGCUUGCCCUAGGCUACAUGUCACAAUUACUGAAGGGACGGUUUGUAAUUUUAAAGGCUAGAAGUGAAUGUUGAGAAUAGAUUAGGUCGUUAGAUGCACUAUGGUAUAAUUAUUUUCUUUAAAUAUUGAAUAGAUUGAAGAUAGCCCUUAAUAUUACUAUUUUACAACUGACUGUGAAUGGAAGCUUUUUAUUUAUUAAAUUUGUUUCAGGAAAUUGAAUGGGGUAUGUUUUAAUGAAUAUUACUAGAAGAAAGUCAAUACAGAUUUACUACAAUUAAAUUUUUAAACAUUGACUGAUGGCAUGUCUUUGAGUGCUGAACUGAGGUUUUUUUCACAUGAAGUUCCUUACGUGCAAUUUUACACCAUGAUAAAAGUGGUUUUCAGAGUGAAGUAUUCUUCACUGACACAUGUGAAUAUUGGAGUGUGUUGAUUAUUAUCUUAAAUAUGUAUAAAAAUUCAAAUGUCACAACAUUAGUGGUGAUCAUAUCAAUUUUUCUAAUCUCUACUUACCAUUUCUUGUAAACAAAGCAUACCUGGGGAAACAAGUAAAACAGAAAAUCUUUGAUAAUGUUUUUGUACCACUAAAAGCAUACUCCAUGUGAAUAAAUUUAUUAAAAAAAACAUUCAAAAAUCUAUUGGUUUAUCCGCUUCAAGCGUAAACACUAGGUUCAUAAAAUUCCAUUCUUUACUCUCGCUAAUUAGUAAAUCUUAAGUUCAUGAAUGAAAAACAGGAAUUUGAAUAUACAAAUUUUUAAGGAAAUAGAAUUUGAAAUUGUUUAUUUUUCAUUGCUUUCAGUACCUGCAUGCAAAAGGACCAAAGAUCAAUGUCUUUAUCUAAUUGAUUUAAUUUCUUUUUGCCAAUAGAAUAAGAUUUAUACAAUCCCAAGUAAUUUGUUUUGUAUAGUAUUAUUGUGUAGCCUUCUGAUAGGAUAGAUUUGUUUUCAUAGUAAAGAAAAUAAAUUUUAAAACCUUUUGACUAUGUUACAUGUUUAAAGGAACUUGAAAAAUUGAAAUUUUGUAGAUCUUAGAAGAAGAAUACAUGUAAGAAGCAAUUUAUAAAUUAAUUUGAAAUUGUAUCAUAAUCAUUUACAAUUAUCGAUAAACAUAUAAGUUAAUUGACUUUAUUCUUAGGGAGUCAAUGCAUUCUCUUGAGCAGGAGUUAUAGAAGAAAUGAAGCAAAACAUGAAAGAAAUUUGUAUCAGUGGAGUAUCAGUAUCAGCACAGAAAUAAAAAAUAUUUGUUUCCUUCAACCUUAAUUCUUUGUUUAAUAAAAUUUUGUAAGUUUGAAAAUGUAUAUAAUUUUUGUGUGUUAUUCUUGAAACUUUUUCUUGGGACAUUUAACCCAUCAAAGAUAUAUAGAAAGCUAGCAAAAUAAUGUAUACAAACAAAAAUAUAAAUUUGUCUUAUGACCAGGUGUUUUUGUUUUAGAUCAGUUUCAUAGGCAAAUUAAAGUUUUGAAGAAAAUUUUGGAGAAAAAUGAUUGAACACUUCUCUAAAUCUGGGAAAUGCAUAUUCGUGAGAAUUAAGAGCUUUAGACAUGGUGCAAUAUUUUAGAGAGAGUGAAUUUUUAAUUAAGCAGUUCCCAGAUCUUAAGUGAAUGUUUUUCACUGUGAUUUAUUCAAAAUAUAUAUUGUCCAUAUGAAUUUUUUUUUAAUUGUCCAGUAAAAGUGCAAUUAUGGCUUUCUUGCCAAAGCAAGAAAUAGUUAUCACUUUGACCCUUUUGUACAAAAGAUUUCCAUGCUUUAUUAAUAGUUAAACAAUAUUUAUCUGUAUUUUGAACAACAGGAAAAUAAGCAUUUAAUUGCAAAUUAUUUAUUAUUUAUAAACUUAUUCACAAUUAUAUAAUAUUAUUUAUUAUACAAAGUUUUUUUGUACUUUCUCCUCUUGGUAUUCUGAAUACUUAUUUCUUAUACUAUUUUAUGACA